AUGCCUUCACCUGGGCAGCAGGCUAUCAGACACCAUGCUGCUGUGCUGUCCCUCCACACCUGUGGUCACGAACCAGCUUGCAAUUUUCUCAGCAACUGUCACAAUACACCCAUGGCUGUCCCUUGUGCUGCAACUCCUGGGGCUUAUUUGUACUUCCCCAAGAGACCCAGGUUUCUACCCCGGUUCCUGUGUGACCACCUUGAAGACAAGUCUAUAGCGAAAUAUUUCACCUGUGACUCACAUAUUGUGGGAUAUAUUAAGCUGACAGCCUGCAGUUUUGACACCCUGUUCUGUGUAGCUACACUGACCCACAACAGAAACGUCACUAUGUGCUCCUUCAUCAAAGAAAACACCAAGUUCACUCUUGAUCUGUUUCAAGAGUUAAGAAAACCAGAAGACAAUGUCUUCUUCUCCCCUGUCAGCAUCACAGCAGCAUUAGCAAUGGUCUAUUUAGGGGCCAAAGGGAAAACUGCACAGGAAACAGUGAAGGUCCUUCGCUUCAGUGAAAUCAAAGAGAAGUCAAUAGGAAAAAACUCAAACCAAUCAGAUAAGAUCAAAGACUUAUUUCCUGUUAGGACUCUUGACAGUAAUCCCAAACUGGUUCUGGAUACUAGCAAAUCUGUGCAGGUGAUGGAAAAAAGCAGCUAUCUCAAUUUUGCCUCCCUGGAAGAUGUGCAGGCCAAGAUGCUGGAAAUACCUUACAAAGACAAGGCUCUGAGCAUGGUUGUGCUGCUGCCAAUUGAAGUCGAUGGUCCGCAGCAGUUUGAAGAUGGACUUGCUGGUGAGAAAUUAAUGGAGUGGACAAGCCUACAAAAUAUCAACACAACAGAGGUGAAUUUACAUUUACCUAGGUUCAAGGUGGAAGAGAGUUUCAAUCUCAACACCAUAUUGCAAGACAUGGGAAUGAUAAAAGCCUUUGGUCCACAAGAUGCCGACCUUUCAGGCAUGACUGGAGACAAGGGUUUAAUGGUAUCUAAGGUCAAGCACAAGUCCUUUGUGGAGGUUAAUGAAGAAGGGACAGAAGCUGCAGCUGCUACUGGCAUUAGUGGCUCCAACUUCAUUACCAGUAUAUCAAAAUGUCAUUGUGAUCACCCUUUCCUGUUUUUCAUCAAACAAAAUGAAAACAAUUGCAUCCUCUUCUUUGGCAGAGCCUCUUCCCCUUAA